AUUAUUGUGAAAUGUCAAGGCGGCUGUGCUUAUCAUCGAACGUUAAGUCUGCUAUAACAAAAACAUUGUUGCGGUUUUUCCCAUGACUAGUCAUUUGUAUUGCGAUCGUGCAAAACGGUACAUCAAUUACUAUAGUAUCGACACUCUAAUUGCGUUUAAAAUGGCUCGAGUGCAUGGCAAUAGUGCCAGUUGUGUAAUAAGUGUCUGUUUGACGUUGGUGUUCCUUCUGAAAAACUAUGAAGUUGUUGGCGGCGGAUGUGGAAAGGUCAAAGGAACAUGGCCGUUUGUUGCGGCUAUCGGUCGCGUAAACCGUCCGGAGUACUCAUGCGGUGGAACUUUAAUCUCCAGCAAACACAUUCUCACAGCCGCUCAUUGCAUCCAGAAAAAAUAUUCGCUGGUUGAACUUACGUCCGACGAAUUAAUUGUAACAUUCGGAGCGCAGACUCCGUCAUUGAACGGUGAAUAUGGCAUUGUCAAAGCAAACGUAACAGAGAUCCACGUCAAUCCCGAUUGGGACCCGUACGACACCAAAUUCGACGCUGAUCUGGCCAUUUUAGUUCUCAGUCGCAGUGUAACCGUUGCGCAUGACAUUCGUCCUGUUUGUUUGCCAGCUGAUGCCCUUGAAAUCGAUAGUGCGACAAUAGAUGCACACGGGAGAGUUGUGGGUCGGGGAGUGUUCGAACACGCAAUUCGAGAAUGGACUAUCAAAGCGAUAAACGAUACGUACUGCUACGAAAUGGAUCGAUCCAUGGCUUCAUUUUCCACCAACCGAACAUUCUGCGGCGGUUUGGGAAACGGAAUUCCCGGCAGUGGUGAUUCGGGUUGCGGAUUUUUCGUGGUGACCGAUACGUCGUGGGUGCAGUACGGCAUUGUGUCGGCAAUACAUCCAAAUAUGACGGGACAAGUAAUACCGGAUUCGUUAGCCAUUUACACCAACGUGAAAUUGUUCAUGCCGUGGAUCGUUGAAAUUGUGCAGAAAACGGGCGGGUCGGUGGAGGAGGCUGAGGUGACGAUCGAUGUAGUUUGUGAUUAUGGUUACGUUGAUAACAUAUACGGUUGCUGGCUGGAUGAUUUAAUCAUUGAGAACGAAAAUAUCGCGGUGGGCUCAGUAAUUGGCACUCAUGACGAGGGGAAAACCAAUGCAAACGUGGAACUGCUGGUGCUACGUAGUAAAACUUUCGUUUAUCUUCUGAAUGGAUUGGGAAGCUUAUUCGAAAAUUUGAAAAUAUUCCAAAUCUUCGACCUCAAUACGACACUAAUCGCACGUUCGAACUUCGAGAACAUGGCCAAAUUGGAACAGCUGCAUGUUACCGGCAAUACCUUCGAAACGAUCAACGAAGACGCACUGAGGGAUCUGAUUAAUUUACACAAUUUUCAGAUGAAGAAUAGCCCAAUCAAAACUCUGCACGCCGGCACUUUUGAUCGUAAUGCGAAACUCCGGGCGGUCAUACUGUCGGAAAAUCAAUUGGAAUCACUGCCGCCAAAUUUAUUCAGAAAUAAUUCCUUGUUGCAGACCGUCGCCUGUUCAAAUAAUUCGCUGCAGCGAAUCGAUGUUCGAACUUUUGAGUCGAAUCUGCAGCUACAAGAAGUGUAUUUCGUCCACAAUCGAUUGGAAUCGUUGCCGAAGGACUUGUUCAAGAGUAAUGUCGAUCUGGAAUUCGUCAAUUUUGGCGGCAAUGCCAUUACGUCGAUAGACCACGGAUUGUUCGCUACGUGUCCGAAAUUGAAGACAGUAUCUUUCUGGUCGAACCGCAUCGUGACUCUGCCGAGAAAUCUCUUCGCAAGAAAUCCGUUGCUGGAAUACGUUAAUUUCAACGAAAAUGCCAUCAAAACCAUCGACGAACAGAUGUUCGUAGCGAAUCGAAGACUCAAAGACAUUUUGCUGCACUCAAAUCAACUAGAAUUUCUGCCUCGAAAUCUAUUCCAGAACAAUUCGAUGCUCGUUCGGAUCGUCCUGGGGGACAAUUCGUUGAACGCACUGGACGAAGAAACUUUUUCCGCAAACAUUAUGCUGAAAGAGCUGUCCCUCCACUCGAAUGAAUUGGACGCAUUGCCGCGCUACGUAUUCCGAAACAAUUUAUUCUUGGAAAUACUAAGCAUUACCGACAAUUCGCUGACAUCAUUGGAUGAGGAAAUUUUCCGGUACAACGAGAAAAUCCGAAAUGUCUAUUUAUCGUCCAAUCGUUUGGCAAAUCUGCCCGGAACGUUAUUCCGAAGCAAUACGUUAUUGAGUUUCGUCAUGUUCGAUAACAAUUCGUUGGAAGCAAUCGACGAACAAAUGUUCGAAUCUAAUGGUCAACUCAAAACGGUCGACUUAUCGGGAAAUCGAUUGGGUGUCGUGCCGGCGAAUUUAUUCAAAAAUAAUUUGUUAUUGGAACUUGUUACCUUUGCUGCGAAUCGAUUUACCGACAUCGAUGAACAGAUUUUCCAGUCAAACAUUAAGCUCCAGAAAGUGUCCAUUUCAGGAAAUAGGCUAGCAAGCAUCCCAGUCAAUUUGUUCGCCAACAAUUCGAUGUUGGAGAUCAUUGACAUUGCUAACAAUUCGUUGACCGAAUUGGACAACAACAUUUUCCAGAACAAUCGGCGACUUCGUGAGUUGUAUCUGGGGUCAAAUCGUUUGACAUCUCUUAAUCAAUUGUUAAAUGCAAAUGCGAAGUUGGAGGUGGUGUAUUUCAAUGGCAAUAAGCUGAGCGAUCUACCCGGCGAUCUGUUCCGGCAAAACAUAUUGCUAAUAACUGUUUCAAUAGAAGACAAUUUACUGGCAACGUUAAACGAAUCGUUUUUGGAGACGAACGUCAAACUACAGGAAAUUUCCCUGGCUGCGAAUCGGUUGGAAUUUCUGCCGAAAAAAUUAUUCCAAAAAAAUUUAGAAUUACGUUUCGUUGACCUGCACCACAAUCUCAUUCGGACACUUGACGAGCAAACGUUCGCUGGAAAUCCUCGUCUCUGCGGGUUAAAUAUGUCGUCCAACUACCUGUCAACUGUGCCGGUCAAUUUAUUCAGAACGAAUUUGCUGUUGAAAUAUGUCGAUUUCAAAAACAAUUCCAUUCGGACCAUCGACGGAAAAUUGUUCGAAACAAAUGUUCAGCUAAGAGUCGCGGUUUUAGCGUCAAAUGAACUGGAAACGCUGCCGGCUGAUUUGUUUAAGAAUAAUUUGCUGCUGAAACAGGUUGAUUUCAGUUACAAUAAGGUCCAGCUGAUUGAGUACGAUUUCACUCAGCUAUGGAAUGUACUUUACAUUAAUUUCAAUCAAAAUGUCUGCGUCAAUGUGAUGUAUUCGACGUUCAUUUUAAACCUCGACCGGCAAUACUACAGAAAUUUGACGACUUUCCAAAAUGUGCUGAACGAUAAUUGUAAUGCGAUGCAUUACGUGGUACGUUGAAUCGAUUUUGUUGAGGCAGAGUUCGUUGUUGAGCAGAGUACCAGUCUUAGCAUUGUAAAUAAUUCGACAAAGCGAUUUCUGUCGCUUCUGUCGUUGUCAAAUAAAUUUGAAUUUUUUACUAAAA